AUGUGCGGUAUCAUUGCGGUGAUCCACGGCGAUCCAAAGUCGCAAUCGGCUUCAGUCGAGGUGCACGAUGCCCUCUACCUCCUCCAACAUCGCGGCCAGGACGCCGCCGGUAUCGUCAGCUGCAGCGCUGGUGGACGCUUUCACCAGUGCAAGGGCAAUGGCAUGGCCUCCAAGGUCUUCCAAGACGGCGCGCGCGUCUCCGACCUACCUGGCUUCAUGGGUCUCGGACAUCUGAGGUACCCCACAGCCGGCAGCAGCGCGAACGCUGAAGCUCAGCCAUUCUACGUCAACAGCCCGUAUGGUAUUUGCAUGACACAUAACGGAAAUCUCAUCAACGCGCCGGCAUUGCGCCAACGACUCGACCAUGAGGCUCACAGGCAUAUCAACACCGAGAGCGACAGUGAGCUUAUGCUCAACAUCUUCGCGGAUGAGCUUAAUGAGACUGGUAAGGCGCGUAUUAACGCAGACGACUGCUUUGCCGCGCUGGAGAGGAUGUACAAGUUGUGUACUGGUGGAUGGGCAUGCACUGCCAUGCUAGCUGGGUUCGGUCUGAUCGGUUUCCGCGACCCGUACGGUAUUCGACCUAUGGUUCUGGGUUCGCGAAAGUCGCAGGAUGGCAAGAGUAUGGACUACAUGAUGGCUUCCGAGAGUGUCGCUUUGGUCCAGUGCGGUUACAAGGACUUCACCGAUAUCCUUCCCGGUCAAGCUGUCAUCAUCGAGAAGGGCAAGGAGCCGGUCUUCCGACAGGUCGCCAAGCAAGAAGCGUACACCCCAGAUAUCUUCGAGUACGUUUACUUCGCUCGACCUGAUUCAGUCAUCGACGGUAUCGACGUAGAUGAGAGUCGACGCAACAUGGGUUUCACCCUUGCAGAGACUAUCAAGAAGCAGCUCGGUCCAGAGAAGAUGGCGGAGAUCGACGUGGUCAUGCCAAUUCCGGAAACCUCCAUCACUUCAGCCUUGUGUGUCGCAGAAGCCCUCGAGAAGCCAUAUGUACAAGGCUUUGUCAAGAACCGAUACAUCUUCCGUACAUUCAUCAUGCCGUCGCAAAAACUCCGACAGAAGGGUGUUCGUGCGAAGCUGAACCCUAUGAAGAAGAAGUUCGAGGGCAAGAACGUACUGCUAGUAGAUGACUCCAUCGUGAGAGGUACCACCUCUCGCGAGAUCGUGCUUAUGGCGCGUGAGGCCGGCGCCAAGAAGGUCUACUUCACAUCUUGUGCACCGCCCAUCACCAACGCGCACAUUUACGGCAUUGACUUGGCAUCAUCAUCGGAACUGAUUGCCCAUCAUCGCGACUCAAGAGCGAUUGCCGACCACAUUGGUGCAGAUGACGUCGUAUACCAAAAUCUUGAGGACCUUGAGAAGGCCUGUGCGAGCCUCUCUCCUCGCGAUCCCGCGACUCAAAAGUUCGAGGUAGGCGUCUUCUGCGGCAAAUAUGUCACACCAGUGGAUGCUGGAUACUUUGAACAUCUUGAGAGGAUUCGUGGAGAAAGCCGCAAACAAAAGGUCAUGGAGAAAGCGAGGGAAGCCGUCGUCCAUGGCACUGCCAACCCACAACAGAUUCGCAUGGCCGCCAAAGGUGUUGAGGUCGACCAACAUGGUAACGUCAUGCCGUCAGACGGGAAUGGAUCACCUGAUUGGCAACCGGUCAACGGUGUCAGCAAACCUUCAACAAGCGACGCUUCGACCAACGAUGGAGAAGAACGCCGCGUUACCAGCAGCCAGGAUAUCAGCCUGCACAACCUCAACGACUUCAACUGA